AUGGACAUCGACAUCGAUGACGACAACUCCAUGUCCUAUGCCUCCACUGGCUGGGACAACCCGGAUGCUAAUCCCUUCUUUUACAACAAAAUCAUCCAAAUGUUCAACAUCAACGAUGUUGAAUUUGAGGACAUUUUCAAACUCGACUUCCAGGACUUUGAUUCUUUUGACCCAAUUCACGCUGUCAUUUUUGUCUUCAAGUACACUUUUAGGGACAGAUUGUUUGAUCCCCCUUCCAUUGGCACCUACUACUACAAUGACUCCUCAAACGAUUACAAAUCCGAAAACAACGAUAUCUUUUUCAUCAACCAAAUCAACAACCCCAUCAACAACAUCCUCCAAAACAACGUCCUGUUCAAUCUCGCUAACAGCUCGCCAGAUUCUCUAAACAUAUCCAACAACAACUACUUCUUUAAAAAUAAUAAAAUCACUUUGAUUCAAACCAUUUUAAAUGUCCUCUUAAAUUUGGACCACAAAAUCAAACUAAAUCCAAACUUGCUUUUCUUUAAAAAUUUAAUUAACCAAUUAAAUUACUACUCAAAUAACAAAUUUUAUCCAAAUUUGUCUCUUUUAAUUGACUUUUAUAACUCAAUUACUUCAGCUGAUUCAAAUACCCCUGACGAACCAAAAACCCCCAUCAUUCAAGAUCUAUUUGAUCAAAUUAAUUCAAAUGAUCUUGAAAAUGAUGAAUCUAUAGACAAUCUACACUUUGUAGCCUUUUUCAAAAAAAAUAAUCAAAUCUUCGAACUAGAUGUUCUAAAAGAAGCCCCAAUCUAUCAUGGUUAUUUGCCUUUAAAUACAAUCUCAAAUUCUGAGCUUGAUCAAAGAUCAAUUAACAAGCUUUUCUACAACUCCCUAAUUAGCAUCUUGAAAGCAAAAAUAAAUCACUUUAACAAUUUUCAAUUGUUCAAAAAUUUCGAAAACGAAAUUGAACACUACUAUUUCGACAAUUAUUUCAAAAACCAACACCAACUAAGAUUCAAACUAUUAGCGAUCGUUCCUGACCAAUUAUCCUUUUUAAAAAACUUGAAUGAUGAAAUCGGUUUGCAAAAUAAGUUAUCAAAAAUAAAAAAUGAUCAAAUCUUAUACAAUAAUAUCCAAAACAAUACCGACUCCACCAAUUAUAUCAACUUUAUCUCUUCUUUAACUCGCAAGUUUCUUGCAAUCAACAACAACAUCCAAUGGGACUCCUUCAAACUCAACUUUAACCAAUCAAACUCCUCAAAUUGUAACUUCAGUCCCUAUUAUACCCUCAACGACUUUAAAAAAUUCAACCCAAAUAAAAUCAAGUCUAUCGAUUACAUCACCUAUCAUAAUGCCUAUGUUUCUCAUUUCCAUCACCUUUAUUCUCCCUUUAUCACAUUUAAUAAUAUCCCUACCACCAAUAUCAAUACCAAUAUUAAUUCUACUAUUAGCUCUACUAUUAACUCUACUAUUAACAGUCAAUAUGAUAUCAACUAUAAAUGUUAUAUCCCAAAUGUAGUCAAUACUAAUGACGAUGAUAAUAAUUAUCAAGAUAAUCAAGACAACCGAGAUAACCAAAAUAAUCGAAACAACCAAGAUAUUCAAGACUAUCAAGAUUAUCAAGUUAAUCAAAACUAUCAAGCUGACCAAAAUUAUCAAGUUGAUCAAAAUAUUCAGGUUAAUCAAGAUUAUCAAAAUUAUCAAGCUGAUCAAGCCCAUCGAAAUUAUCAAGCUGAUCUAGAUAAUUUGUAUCUUAAAAAUAUCAGAAUCCCAAAAAUAUCGGCCCCUAUUAAUUACCAUAAUGAAACUAAAAUCGAAAAUGCCAAUCAAUCCAGCUUUAUAGAUCAUUACAACAAUAACUUUAUUAAUAGUACCAAAGUUGUCCCGGAAAAUAACUACAUUCUUAAACCUAAUCAUAACCAUAAAGUCUCAAAUCAUAAUAAACAUAUCUCAAAAGGUUCUUUCAAAAAAUACAUUCCUCUUGUUAUUGUUAAACCUAAAACCCCAAUUAAAAAACCUUUUCCAUUAGUUAUUAUAAGCAAUAAACAUACUAAUGAUAAUAAUUCAAUAUCUACAUCACCUAAAAAAAUCAAUUUAAAUCGCGAAUCCCAAUCCCAAUCUCGAUCUCGAUCCAAAUCCCAGUCUCAAUCUCAGUCUCAACCUCCCUCUCAAUCUCCAUCCAAAUCAAACUCUGGUUCUCAAGCUACUUCUUCAGAUGAAUCAGAUAAAGAUUACAUUCAAUUUGAUUCAAAUUAUGUCACUUUUGUUGAUGUUUCUCCUUCUGUAGAGGAAGAAACUACUCACAAUAAUCCUUCGGUCAAUGAGGAGACUACUCAAAAUAAUUCUUUCGCCUCAAAUGAAAAUGCUUAUAGCAGAUCCAAAAAAAGGAUUCAAAGACUUUAUAGAAGUAAAAGAAAUUAA